AUGGCACGAGCUAUUGCUAGUGAGAAGAAACCACAAUUCGUGAGUGCAGCGCUUGCGUUAUUGUGCAUAGAUGCUCCGAAUACCCGGAUGGCUGUGCGAGUUCGAGAUGUUACGAAAUUAGAGAAUUUCCUCUUGGCGAGUUGGAGUGAAGAGACUGCCACGAUCCGUCCAGUCGCGGCCGGCUUGACACCGAACCAGAGAAUUAGAGUCGACGACGUUUUGUGUUCAGAAGAAGUGCGGAGACUGGCACUUGGUGCCACCAGUCGAGAUCGAUAUUGGGCUCACGAGGCUUGUCUGUCACUCGUCGACACCGCUGGGCAAUUCGUGAUGGCUAAUAGCAGGAUAACAAAUGGUGAUGGCAAGGUCCUAAGCGACAUGAAGGUUGAUCUAGCGACACCCGAAAGUUUCCGAUUGACAUUCUAUUUUACAUAG